AUGUAUAUUGCUGGAGGAAAGGUUUUUCAUUCAAAAUAUAAGAUAAUCGCACUUGGUCAUUAUUCACAAAAUGUUAAAUAUAUCGUAAAGACGGAAGUUGCAGACCAGAUGCUAUGUUGUGAAACAAAGUACACUUUGGAAAAUAAAGUUUUAUAUACUAUUACAUGGAAAGAAGGUCAAGCAGAAUGGGUAGUAUCUAGUGAGCAGUCCGCUAGUAAAGCUGUAAAUGUGUUUUUAAAG